CUAUCGAUUUUAUUCAUGAAUUCUGCAUUGAAAAAAUUUAAAGCUCUGACUUUCUGACUGCAAUAGCAAAGAAAACAAUUAAAAUUAUUUUUUAAUUGUGAAAAUAUAAGAAUUUCGCUUAAAAAGAAUGUGUGAGUAUUUCAUUGGUUUACUGAGGCAUGAAAAAUUCUUCGAUGUGGCAUAAAACAUAUUCAAGAAAAACUUUACUCAAAAAAAGUGUAAAUAGCUGAAUUUUUUAUGAAAGACUUGGUAGUUGAUUAGGAGCUCAUUACACCAAAAAAUUACUUAAAAACUCACAUGCCAUCUGACUCCUUAAAGACUUUUCCCAUCUGCUAGAAACUUCUGUUUCAAUUAUGUAUAAAGAAGUUGUGGAAUAUUUCCAAAUGGAUCGAACUGAAUCAAUAUCUUCCAGCGACUACGUUGUCCUGCGGACACCCUUAUGGUGCAGUUUCACCAAGGAACUUAUCGAACACAAACAUUAUGACAACAUGGAAAGGUGGAAAACCUCAUGGACAGUAACAGCUCUGUGGACAAUGCUUUCAAUUCUAGUCACUCUCACCUGCACCAUCGGUUUCGUGGAAACGGAAUGGUUCGUUCGAGAGAACAACACCUUGUCAUCUAAUGAACUUUCCAUCCUGACCUACGACCGGUCUUCCCUGGUGUACACUUUGGGUAUGUUCAAUGUCUGUUACAGAGACUUGCACCAGACGGACUUCCACUGUCAUAGAUUCGGAGUCACCAGAUUUCCGUCAAGUUCUUGGCAAGGAACUUGUGUCCUAUAUGGAGCUGGUUGUGUUCUUCAAGGAUGUGGAGCGGUUGUACUGAUCUUGAGUUUGAUGAGUCGUGUUACAGCAAGGAGAAUAGGCGCUCAUCUGGUUUCACACGUGUACGUGAUAGCUGGCUUCUUGCAAACCAUCAGUCUUCUCCUAUACCCGCUGAUACUGGAUACUCACGUAGGGAAGCUCCACUGUGGAUCUAAUGCCCAUGCCUAUGGACCGGACCUGUGUCGUGUCGGCUGGGCCUAUGUUGCAUCGACUGCAGGAACACUUCUCACAUUUUACUGCCCUUUCCUCGCUUACUUCAGCUUCUACAGAGUCUACGAUGACCAGCCAGUGAGAUACGACAUCCGUGCUGAUCAUAUGAAUCCCAACUUCUUGCUGUGAAUUGAAAUAUACCACGCAUCAUUGAAUCUCAUGGGACCAGUAAAACUAAGAGCUGUAACAAGACUGAAUGUAGAUGAAAUGUGAUUUGGGAGAUUAUUUGUCAUUUUUAGUGAAUUGCAUCAACUUAAUCCAGCACUAAGUGAAUGUAGUUUAUCUAAUCUAUCAAAAUACUGCAUGAUAGAUAUCAAUAUGUUCUUCAAAGAAAACUGGUUCUUGAAGAAGUUUCUAAAACAUUUUUGAGUUGUAAACAUAAUUUUAUUUUUAAAAAUUAGAAUAAUUCUUGGUUUGAAAUAUGAUUUUUGAAAGAAAAAAAUCUAAAUAUUUAAAUCUCUAUUCUGAAACGUCUUUGCAUGGUAAUAUUUAAGGUUUAUUUCAUUAAUCUUUAUUUGAUAAUUAAAGUCUGCUCUUAAUCACAUACUGGCGAUAACGCUUAAUCAAAAAAAAUUGUUUCGAUAUCGACACAACGCUCAUGUGCACAUAUACAGUAACUAUAACAAUAACAAUUAUUGCUGCAGAAUAUAUUU